UUCAUCGAGGUAGGGGAGAGGUGGGGAUUGGACUCAUGCCUAGUCUUAUCACGGUAAUUUCUUCAUGUGGUCACUGGAGUUGCUUGCUGGAUUUCGAUGAGCUGCAUUUUGCAGUUUUGUUUAGGCAUCCUGGAUUUGAAAGGUGCAAUCGAUAUCCUUUCUCCCAUGCAGAGCUUGAUCAAAGUUUACAAGGUCUUCUAAGUUUCGAACGGUUGGACAGAGCUUCACCGGAUUUGUGGCCCGAGCAGAUUCCGGGAGUGUCUGAUUUUGCUUCUCUAACUGUUAGUCCAUUUUCAUUAUCAAGUACUCCACCAAAGUGGCUGGCUGAACUGGAAAAGGAUGACAUGGACAUGUUACAAGAAUUUGGAAGUCUCACUACAUCUCAACUAAUGGAGAAAGUGCGGGGACUUCAAAACCUAGCCUUUCAGCUUGGUCUGGAUGAGGCCCGAGAAAUGACAAGAGGAAAGUUUUUGAACAUUCUGGAAAAAGUCAACUCAGGAAGAAGAUAAACUUGUGUAGCUGACUUAACAUUCUUGCCAUUAAAAUAUCAAGGCUGGAUGACUCUUGAAUGAAUCCAAGUGGCUUGAUAGUCUUGAUUUAAAUUGUAAAUAGUAGCUGUUGCUAAGAAAGAAUUAAAAUCAUGAAGCUCUUUUCAA